AUAUCCCAUGUUGCACUGCGUCCGAUUUGUUGAUAUUCAUUGCAGUCAUACCGAGGACAGAGAAGGGCACCUGUCAUGUUUCUUGAAGAUGACAGGCUAAGUUUUAUGUUUUUUUUGUUUACUGAUAGACCAUUUGGACAUAUCCUACUGAAACACCAGGGUUUUUUUUAAAAUUUGAUUGGGCGCCACUAUGUAAUCACAGGGCUAAGAUGUUGCCUUCCUCACACAGGCUUCGGUUGGAGGCAUUCUCACGCCUACACUGAGGAGGCCCAGGGAUUCAGAACCGGUUGGCAACAUGCCAUAGUCACCACAGAUCCAACGAAAUGUUACUCUUUGAUAGAUAAAUACACAAUGGACGUUAAUACUUGAUAGCUUGUGCUGUUGCAUUUGGAUAUGGCCAGUGAGAGUAAAAGACCACCGAGUACCAAGAGGCAAGUUCUACGUCGGAGUCGGACCUGUGUUGUCAGUGCCUCACACAGAAAUUCUCUCAAUUUCGAGCCGAAGGCAUUCGAACAAAGUGUUGCAAAAUCGAGAGAAAAUUCCCCUGAAAAGAGAAGCCCUCAAUCCACAUGUCAGGCCCUGAAACAUGCAGUCUCGGCCUUGACUCGACUUGAUGACUUUGUGUCGGAAAAACUGGGAUUUGGAUUUUUCUCCGAUGUAUACAAAGUGACCCAUCGCAUGACAGGCCAGGUGAUGGUCCUCAAGAUGAACAAGCAAGAGAGCAAUCGGGCCAACGUCCUGCGAGAGGUCCAGCUGAUGAACCGUCUCGCUCAUCGUAACAUACUCAGGUUUCUGGGUGUGUGUGUUCAUGAAGGCCAGCUGCAUGCACUGACUGAGUUCAUCAAUGGUGGGAACUUGGAGCAGCUGUUGGCGAAGUGGGAGGAGGAGCUGCCGUGGACUCAGCGGAUCAGCCUGGCGCUGGACAUGGCACGAGGUGUCGACUAUCUCCACUCACGGGGCUUCUUCCACAGGGAUCUCACCUCCAAGAAUGUCCUGUUGCGGAAACAUGAUAAUGGCCGCUACACAGCGCUGAUUGCUGACUUUGGUUUAUCCAUCAAGAUCCCAGACCCACUGAAUGAUAACCAACGACUACCGGUGGUGGGUUCCCCUUUUUGGAUGGCGCCUGAGGCUCUUAAUGGUCUCUAUUACAAUGAAAGGGCUGAUGUAUUUUCUUAUGGUAUUAUCCUGUGUGAGAUUACUGCACGUAUAGACUCUGAUCCGGACAACCUUCCACGCACUAAGAACUUUGGAGUGGACUAUGUUGCAUUCAGUGAGAAGGUUGUCUACUGCCCUCUGGACUUCCUACAGUUUGCCUUCAAGUGCUGCCAGAUUGAGGCAAAGAAGCGACCCUCCUUCCCAGAAAUUGUGGAAUCAAUGGAGAAGAUUCAGAGGAACUUAAAUAAUGAACUACUAAGUCAAAAGGAACGAGAAAAGAAAGAAAGGAAGAAGGGCUGCAAGAGAUCAAAAUCUGAAGACAACAUUCUGCAGGCCAAUGACAGUUCGAGUGACAUUGAAAACAUGGAGGAGUCUUAUCUUACACCACGUCUGAUUGGUCAAGUGAUGAGUCGAGAUGAUCCAUACUACCAACCUUCACAGUCCAAUCCCUUUGCAUCCCAUAAACGUUACAAGGAUGGACACAAAUUAUUGGGAACAUCCCGUGAUGCAGCUGCCACCUAUGACUUGCCUUCUCCCACGUACCCCUUCACCCCUCCCUGCACUCCCCAAACACCAGGGUCAACUCGCCCCAGAGCAAUGUGGGGCCGCAACUGUCACUCACUCCCCUCAUCUCCAGUGCUGCUACGCAAAGCUGCGGAGAGGCUUCACAUGGAGUCCCUUCAUGGCAGUGCCAAGUGGAACUCCACUCAACUCAACACAAGAACACGAUCCAAAAGUGCAAUUUUAUCUGAGAGUGUGGCCAUGAAACUUCAGUAUGAGUGGAAUGACUGCCCUGAUCCCAUCAGUGAGAGUAGUGAUGAGUCUGACACUUUCCAUAGUGAAUGUGCAAUAGAGUCCCAGUCGUCUCACACAGACUCUAGUCAGCAAUCCAACACUGCGGCCCGCAGGCACCGCAUGUUGUCUGGCAGGCAGCAAAGUCUAGACUCAUCUUUUCUGUCCUCAUAUACAAAAACAAGCAACCUACUAGCUGUGGGGAACAAGCCACAACCCCAGCAUUCUUCUCGGGACUUCAGCCCGACGCCUAGUGUACGCAGCUCAUGUGAAUCUUUUAUGUCUAUUGAUGAACAAUUUGUGUCUCCUGCCAGUUCCCUCUCCAGCUACAGUGAAACAAAUGAUUAGCUUCCCUUCCCUCAAAUACAUAGUCCAUUUCUCCUCCACUCCAGUACUCCUGUAUCAAUCAAAAUACCUGGAAUGCGUGCUGUAUCUGAAAGAAAGUGUUUUUUAGACUACCACUUUUGCAGUUACUGUUAGAAUCGGGAUGUGUGGAUGCUGUAUCGGUAUGUGUUAUUGUCUGGCAUCCAGUCAGCUGAAGAUGUAGGGGAUCACUUCAAACAUGUACAGGUCCACUGUAUGUCUGUGGAGAAGGUGAUACAAAUUUAGUUAUGUGCUUAGAAUGAAUGGUGAAAUCAUCUUUGUUGUUUUUGGUGUGUGUGAGGAUGUCCAGGAACUGCUUUGUAUAUAAUGGUUUUGUUGAAAGAAAUGAUCCUGCAUCCAGUCAUCACUGGGUGCCAGGGAGCUUCAGUUUCCCCAUCCACCUGGUCUUCAUCAUCUCCAGCUUACCUCCUGGGCUGUCAUGGAAACUACCCUGUCACCAUCAGGGGGUGACAGUUGAUUCUGUGAACACAUGUAGAUGCCCAGAUUCGGUACAGCCGAGGUGUACAGUAGGAUGUACAGCAUGAUUUCGUUCUACAUAGGAACAUAAACCUCUUUGUGAAUGAUAUGCCAUUUUAGAGCCAUUUUACUGUUAACAUAUGAAGAUAUUAAUCUGUUCAUAUCUAUAAUGCAUAUUUUUUUAUAUCCCUUUUCCCUUUAUAUAUUGCAUCAAUCAAAUUGCUAAAAGUAUUCCAAAUGGAUGAACAUAUUUAUAGCACAUAGCCAGUAUUAUUUUAUGUA